CGUUACUGCGACAGUCGAGAAGCAGCGAGUGCUCGCGUUUGGACUUCAGUGUCGGAGCAACUGGUCCACGUCGUAAAGUCGCGACAAAAAAAGUAUAUCAAAGGAAUGUAAUCUCCGUACGAAUGAUUGAUUUUUUAUCCGUGUUCAACGCGCUUGAAUAUAAAUUCUCUUGCAUUACCCACGUGAUCACGGAACAAGCGCAUAUUGGCAGCUUAAAACGCCUGAGGAAGUCGAAGAUCAAACUUCUGUAAUCGAUGGGUUGAGAACGCGAAAUUCGUGCUUUUCAGCUUUUUCUUCUUUUAACCAAGGUGUAUAACUUAUCAAUGAGCCAUGCUGAAGGUAGUAGGAGCUUCCUGGCUGCAGACACGCAUCUCUACUUAUAUUCUCGUCGCCGUAGCUUUGUUAGGAAUUGGAGCCAUAAUUCUUGGUGAAUUUGGACAUGUCGAACAAGAUGGAAUCUAUUCAGCUACUGUAUUAUGGAACCGUAAAGGAGGAUAUCGUAUUGACUUCUGGGGCCAAGGCAAUGAUCUAACUGCUGUGCCAUUGCAUGCAGCUCGAGCUUAUUAUAAAACUGGAAUCUUCGAAUAUGGAUGGUCUUAUAUCGAAAUAGAAACAUCGUCAAAAUAUCCAGACACUGUACAAGCUUACGCUGCCGGACUUUUAGAAGGUAGUCUUACUUGGCAAUUGAUUCAUCAUCAUUGGUACAAUACUAUAAGAUUAGAAUGCGAAGCAAAACCUAUCGAAUGCCGAAAGUUAAUGCGAUAUCUUCGAGAUAACACUGCCGUCAAUCGUAAACGCGCUGAACUGAAGGAAUCUACUGAUUCUUUUUGGCAUAUGGUACGAUUAUUUUACGCUCAAUUAGAUGGUUUAGAAGCUGGUUGGAAAUUUGCUGUACGUCGAAGUCGUGUAUCGGCCUCAUUAGAAUCAGAAGAUUUUCUUUGGCUUGCCUUGGCUUCUGAUUUAUCUGGUUUCCAACAAAUAUUUAAUAUUUCUGACUCCUUAGUAAGUUCCAUGAUCUACUUCAAAUCGCUUCCAAGAGAAAAUUCAGGACCAUUAAUUGCAAUUAGUCAUCAUACAUCAGCAUCAUAUACUCAAAUGUUGAGACUUUUAAAAAAAUAUACAUUUGGUUAUCAUAUGCUACCUGUAACAAAAACUGCUGCAUUAAUUCCUAGUCGAUCGAUUGUGAUGUCAUCUUAUCCCGGAGCAUUGUCAUCCCGAGAUGAAUUCUAUUUAAUAAAUGGAGAAAAUCGUGAAUUGGUUGUUACCGGAACAUCUUUAUUAGUCACAAAUCGAACUGAAUGGAGUUUUUUAUAUCCAGAUGAUUAUGUAAUGCUAACUGUAAGAUUAAUGGCGGCAAAUCGAUUAGCAACAAACAGUCAAUCUUGGUUUAAUACAUUGUCCUAUCAAAAUGACGGCGCUUCUGCAUUUCAAUGGAUAAUCUUCGAACCACGUUCCAUGACAUUAUUAUUAGUGGAACAAUUACCAAGCAUUGUUGUUCCUAUAAAUUACACUGAAGAGUUCAAGAAAACCGGUUUUAUAUCUUAUAUUGGUAUAUCAAACUUUAAAAGUACUAACGACAUCGUACAACCUGUCAAAAAAAAUUUAAAUGUCUGGGAAACUCGUUUAAUGCGUUUACAAAAAAACAUCACUACAUUUGAGCAGUUUCGAAAUAUGAUGCGUGGAUGCAGCCAGGAAGGUUGCUCUGCUAUAAACCAAAAGACAGAUUAUAUGCAGGAAUUAAUGUUUCGUGGAGAUCUAAAGGAUGUGCCUAUACCAUAUGGUAUUAUAGAUACAAAGAUUUUAACAGUUGAUAUAGAUGGUUUCAAAGGUUUCGAAGCUAUUUCUGGACCAUUACAAUCUCGAACACCAUUCAAAUGGUCACAAAGUUUUCCGAAUAUUUCACAUGUAGGACAUCCAGAUACUUUCAAUUUUGAAAGUGUUACACCAAAAUGGGUUUGGAUUUAAUUAGAUUUAAUUAAUCACAUUAAAGUUUUAUAUGAUUGAUACUUUUUCAAAUUUUUUAAAGAUUUUUUUAAAAAAAUAAAAAUGAUUUUUCCAUAAAUUUCUACCAAAUGGAUUUUUAGACAAAAUUUUUUUUUAUUGUAUUAUAAUAUUUAAAUAUUUUGUAACUGGCUCAUAUGUUAGCCACCUAUGGUGAAAUGUUAAAAAAUAAAAUAAAAUAAAAUAAAAUAAAAUAAAAAUUUA